AUGGCAGGGCAAAGUGGGCACCAGUCCUCACUGGAGGAGCUGAACCGUCUGAGGACGCAGUAUAAUGAUACUGGGAUCACAACGCAGUCUAUGGCCACGCAGCGCUUGUUUUUCGACUCCUAUGGCAGGCAGAAGCGUGGACCUCCGACGCCAGUGGCUUCCAGUUUGAACACACCGCAAGAGGGCGCGACGGAUCGUGAUGAAGCAGCGCGUGCCUCUGACAAUCCGCCGUUGGUGGUUCCGGUGACGCUGCAGGACCACACCGCCAUGCAAGCAGUCGCCGCACACAUGGGUGUUGACUGCAACAACCCGCAAGCGGUGGCGGUGGUGAGGCCGGAAAUGUACGGCAUGGUAUUUCAGCUGGAAGGAGCCCUGCGGUACAUGAAUGAUCAACUCUUCGCUACCAGAGCAGAGUUGAACUUCAUGGCCAGGGAGAACCGCAUGCAGCAAAAGCAUGCCAGUGGUCUUAUGUUGGUGACGACAGGAUGGCCAACAGACCUGCAGCCAUCACAACGGGAAGACCACACCGCCGCGGAGCCGGAGAUGUGGUUCAACGUUUUGCAAGUUGAUCCUACCACGGUCCCGCAGUCGCAUGGUUUCUUUUCGGCAAUGACCAUGGUCACGUUCAAAGCGUGGGACCUUCGGUCUGCCUUUUUGUCCAGAUCCGGAGGGCAGUCAGGAACCCCUCUGUAUCUGGACCCGACCACACCGCGCGCAGGGAAACACAUACGUGUUUCCCCUUGUGCGCCCCAGUGGCAGCGUAAGCUUGAAGCCCCGCUGCGCGUAGUGAUCGCGGUGAUCAACGCACAUGCGGAUUAUCAAGGACAGCGCUUGAUAAUCCUCUGGAAGUCCUUGACCGUGAUGGCUCCGACCGACUCUCCGGAUUUUAAUCCCGACCACACCGCCUUUGCUCGCUUGUUUUACGAGGAGCAAGGGGGGGCUUUUAAAGGUCGCCUGGAAGUCUCGGCAGAAUUGGCAAGGCUGAUGCAAUCCCCGGCUACAACGCUUGCGGCCAAUGAUGAGAACGGCUCGAAUGAGUCGCUUUGGAACGAGAAGUGGAAUGAGGUGAUUUGGGGCCCACAGCUUGAGAUGGACCAAAUGGAGUCUCAGGCUUACACCCAGGCCAAAAAUGAAGCCCGGGCCGGAGGCCGUGGCACAAUGUACGGGGGCGGUCGAAAGCACUGGUCCUCGACCUUACUCCACAACUCGUACUUUUCCCCGUAUCCCUUUAGCAUUGAAAUCAAUGCUGUUGACCACAUCGCCUUCGUGUGGGAUGAGAUCUGCGACAAAGCAGGAAACCCACAGGAAAAGGUGGGAGAUGUCAAGGCCUGCACGUAUGGGGGAAAGCCCGUGGUCACCGGAGAUGUGAACAUGGGCGAUGAGAUGGGACCAGAUCCUUUUGCCAAAGCGGCGGCACCGGCAGCGCCCUCAGUUGCCAAAGGCAAAGGCAAGGGAUCCUGA